AUGUUUAAAUAUAAUCAAUUAAAAGAUAAUGUAAUUUCAAUUGGUACUGAAGAAGUUGGAUCAGAUUACUUUUGUAAUGGAAUAUCUAAAACCAAUAGAGUAGAGAUUAAUUCUGCAAGUAGUUCAGAUUCUGAUUUCGAUGAAUUCAAUGAUAAUUCCGAUAGUGAAAUGGAUUCAUAUCAACCAUCAUCAUCAUCAACAAUGAUGAAUAAUCCAAGACUUCAACAUCUUACAAUGGCUCAACAAAAUAGUUUAGUUAAUUCAAAUGACUUUUUCAAAAGACAAAGAUUAUUUAUUUAUUUACCAAAUUUUCCAGAAGAAAUUAAAUUACAAAUUUUCUCACAUUUAUCUGCUUCAGAUUUAGUUUCCAUUUCUUUAACUUGUAAAACCUAUUAUGCCAUUGCCAAUGAACGUACUCUUUGGAGAAAUUUAUGUUUUGAAAAUACUUGGAAAAUUUCAAAUUUAUAUCAUCCAACUUUUGAUUAUAAAAAAUAUUAUUUUGAAAAAAAUGCAAUUUCUUCAACUAAUUCAUCAAAAUGGGUAUCACCAAAAUUUUUUGGAUCAUUACCAAGUAAAAGAUUUAAACAUACUGCUACAUAUGUAAAUGGUAAAAUUAUAUUUAUUGGUGGUCAAGAAUCUGAUCAAAAGAGAUUUAAUGAUGUUAUAAGUUAUGAUACCAAAUCACAAACAUUUACGGAAAUUAAUACUAAAGGAGAUACUGUACCAAAGUUUUCAAGACAUUCAGCAUCUUCGAUUGGUGAAAAAGUUUAUAUUUUCGGUGGUUUCGAUGGAUUUGGUACAAAUUUUAAUUUAGCCAUUUAUAAUACAGAAAGUCGAGUUUGGACAAAUAUUCCAAAUAAUUUCUUAAAGGGAAAAGUUCCAGUUAGUCGUACCAAUCAUUCAUCAGCAGUGGUUGGUAAAAAUGUAUAUAUUUUCGGUGGUAAUAAUAAUGAUGAAAAUGGACAAUACCAAGUAUUGGAUGAUUUACAUUGUUUAAAUACUGAAACACUUACAUGGACUAAAUUGGAGGGUAAUCUAGUACAAGGUACUAAACCAUGUGCUCGUAGUGGUCAUUGUAUGACUGCUAUUGGCAAUAAAUUGUAUUUAUUUGGUGGUGGCGUUUGGAAUCAUUCAAAUGGUUGGGUUGAAAAGUUUAAUGAUAUUCAUGUAUUCGAUACUGAAACAAAUACUUGGAGUAAACCAAUCGUUCAAGGUGAGGUCCAAACUAGCACAUUUGCAAUCUCUUUCAAUGUUGGCCGUUAUCUCUUUAUCUUUGGUGGUGGUAGUAAACCGAAACAUUGUGUCACUAACGAUAUAUACGUUUUAGAUACUGAAACUUUCUUUUGGUCAAUUCCUUCCAUUCAAGAACCACGUCCACCUGCUAGAGAUAUGGGUACCGCUUGUGUUGCUGAUGGUGAUGUUUAUUUCAUGGGUGGCUAUGAUGGUGCUCCAAUAAAUUAUUUCAACAAAUUGAAAUUUAAUUUUAAAGUUUUAUCCGAUUUAGCUUCACAACAAAAAAUUAAUAAUAAUAAUAUAAAUAAUAAUAAUAAUAAUAAUAAUAGCAAUAACAAACUAUUUAAUUCACAAUCACUAUAUCAACAAUCACAAAAUAAGAAAUAUUCAUUUUUUUAG